AGCUUUGGGAGGGUGCGAAUCUACUCGCUGCAGUCGAAGUCUGCUAUCUGUUGGCUAUUUUCCUCAAAACACAGCUCCUUUUGCACCAAUAUGGGAAGGUCGAGCACGCUGCACUGUGAAGUUCAAUUGCUAGAUGACCAGAGCACAAUUUUCGAUCUAGAUAAAAAUGCAAAGGGUCAAGUUUUGUUUGACAAGGUCUGUGAGAAAAUCGAAGUUUCCGAGAAGGACUACUUUGGUUUGCGAUACAUUGAUGAGAAAGAUGGACAGUAUAACUGGCUUGAUCCACUCAGACCCAUCAAGAAACAGUUGAAACAUGAGCCAUACCACUUCUACUUUGCUGUCAAGUUUUAUCCACCAAACCCAACUGCCCUUGUGGAAGACAUCACACGAUACUUAAUGGUUCUACAACUGAGAGAAGAUCUUCUGAAAGGAAGAUUACAGUGCUCCGUCCCCAUCCAGGCCCUGCUUGGAUCAUUUGUUGUGCAAGCUGAAGUUGGAGACUAUGACCCUGAAGAACAUGGAGAUGGUGCAGGUUAUCUUUCAGAAUUCAAAUUCUGCCCAAGACAGCCAGAUGAGAUGCUGCAGAAAGUUCACCAGUUUCACACGAAACACAGAGGGAUGAUGCCUGAGGAUGCAGAACUGCAGUAUCUGGAUAAUGCUAGGAAACUCCCCCUGUAUGGAAUCGACCUUCAUCAGGCUGCAGAUGCAGAAGGACAGCCAGUGAUUAUUGGAGUGUCAGCAUGGGGCAUUCAUAUCUUCCACAACAACAGACUGAUUAACAAGUUUGUUUGGCCAAAGAUUGUGAAAAUUGCUUUCAAAAAGAAGAAGUUUACCCUGACAAUCAGAGCGGCUAGUGAGAGUGAUUACUACGCAGCAGUAGUGCUGAGUUUUAAACUGGGCAGCUUAAGGGCAACCAAGCGACUCUGGAAAGUUGGAGUUGAACACCAUUCAUUUUUCCGACUGUCACAGGCCGACCUUCCUCCCAAAGAUGUCGCAUUCAUCAAGCUUGGUUCCAAGUUCAGAUACAGUGGCCGCACCCAGCAUCAAGCGCGUCACAGCCAAGAGAUUCUUCGUAAUUCCCGAGAUUUUGAGCGAGUUUCAAGCAAACGCUUUUCAUCAAAAGUCCUUGAUGGUAAUCGCAGGACAGAGGAUAUUCCCGAAGUACCAUUCAAAGAGGAAGAAGAAAAGACUGAUGACGAGGAAAAGAAAGAUGAGGAAAAGACAAUUGAGAAGACAGAACCAGGUGAAGCUCCUGUGGCAACAGUUGAAGGAUGAGAAAACAAAAUGAAGACUUAUGUCUGCAAAUGACAUUUCUUACUACUUUCAGAAGUGUUAAUAGCCAGCUUUUCACAGGAACAUACGCAAACGAUAAGCUUGCAAGAUUUUGCAUGUCAAUUUUAUAUCAACCUCAUAUAUGCGAGAACAAACUGUUGUGUCAAUGAGUUUAAACGCUUUAAUAUGUCAAUUGGUUAUUACAAUAGUGCGUAAGAUUUCCCCAAAGCGCCAUACAGUUCUCGAAAACAAUAGAUUGCCUUUAGGACUACAUCUUUGUUUUAGAAUUGUAUGGAAUUAUCCGGAAAUCUGUCCAGAAAUUGUUAAAUUUGAAAUUUCAGAUAAAAAUAUCCUUCCAGAUUCUUAAGUUUUUAAUGAUCUCAAACGCUCUAAGCGGAAAGAUUCCUUUCCUCGAUAUCUGCUGGCAGACUUUCCGUAUAAGCAGAAUAGAGAGAUUAACGUAUAUUGGAAAUUCUGUCCAGAUCAGUUGUACCGGGCGCUUAACCGACCUUAGCCCUUAGAGCUCCAAGAGUAACUAGCUUUGACUUUUCUCUUCACGUUAACAUGACAACUCCGUGACUGAUCCCCGUGCGUGGCUGGGUUUUUCAAAAGACCAUCGAGGUAACUCUGAGCUGAAGUAAUUUUUUCUAUAAAAUUAAUGACUUUUCCGGCGAUUUUUCUUGACUGUAUUUUAUUACAUCCAGUUUUCAUUCACAGGAAAACCACGCAAAGCCUUGAGCGUGUCAUACACUUUCAGAGAAUAGAAAACAAAACCGAGUCAGUUAACUGUCAAUCCUAGAUUCAAGCAAACCGCCUUUCGACCAACCCGGCCGAGCUCCGACCUUUUAUCAAAUUCUCACUAUGGUUUGCACAAAACUAAGUAUGGAAACUACUCAGGGGAAUUUACGAUUUGACCAUUGAGGUUAUAGCGUUAAUUAGAAAUGCUAUUUUACGAUACUGUAGCUUAAUUUGUUUUGGGAGGCCGUUGAAAAAUCUUUCCUUUUUAUUGGAAGGAGAGUUAGCCUGCAUGAUCCAAUAACGGUUUCCGUUAUUGGAUCGUGAUAUAAAAACUUGCUUAUGCACUUAUUUUAAACUUUAGAGCAGUUGCCAAUUGAAUGCCGAAAGUAUUCCGGGUUUGCUUGACUUCGGUCUUUGAUUGGACUAGAAAAACCGCGCCAUGCCUUAAGCCAAUCAGGUAUCAAACGAGUACCAAUCGUCACUUGGGCCACUGCGUUUUCCCGCUCUUUUGAUAGUUUUCCUGCUUUCACUUUGAAUCCUCAUUGGCUAAAUUAUGACGCAUAUCUUUGUUGUGAUACUCUGGUUUUGGUUUUUUACGACAGUGAAUUGAUAACUGCUUUACUACUCCUAGAUUUAUUUUUACCACUUUACCUUUGCUGUGUGCAAGGUGUUUUACAUACACUACUAUAAAUUAAUGGUACUUAUGAAAUAUGAACUUUUAAAACCUUGCUGUCUUAGUAUGUGAUUGCGAAAACAUUGUUGCUAUUUGCAAUGCAUUUUAUUUGAGCAGUUCUCUAUGUUAAUUAGAAGGGAAUUGAUAAAAAGUGGUGUCCACCCGUC